UCCGAUUUUGUAGUCCAAGCUCAAUGAUGCAGAAGUUACGAGAGGGCAAGUCAAAAUGCUCGGUUGUUGGAUGUAUUGACCCACAAGCUUCGUUACACCGUCUCCCAACAUCAGAACCUCUUCGAAGUGCCUGGUUGAGUUUUAUUUACCAAGGAAAUGUUCCCACAUCUGUAAGUAAAGUCAUUUUCGUGUGCGCGAAGCACUUCAACGAUUCCAACUUCAACAACCUCCGCCAGUUUAAAGAAGGGUUUGCCGAUCGACUUCGUCUAAUUGAGGGGUCAAUUCCUUCUAUCUAUGGAGUCGACGAACAGAGCACUUCGAAGGCUAAACCAACUAGUCACAAACAAACAUUUGCUAACAAAGGCUGUCAAACAAAACCCCCGAGGCGCUCAAUUGGGACACAGCUUUCUAUGAAAACACUCCAGCCUCAUGUCAAAAGUAAAGUUAAGCGGGGCCGGUUGCUUGAUAUUGAGGAAGAACUCGCACCAAUAAAGAGACCCUGUCUGGAGCAGACCGAAGUGGAUGCUGACUCUACAAUGAUACAGAGCCCACAUGAUCCAACCUACAACCCUGAGGACUCCAUAAGUGAUACUGAACACAUCACGGACCCUUCUACACCGACCUACAAAAUGCGUACUUAUAUUGUAUAUGAAAAAUGCCUUUUACAACUUUUUGAGGUGUGCCCGGUGUGUCAACGAGGGACAAGGGUGCGGACAAGAACACAUGGGACUUUUCUGUGUGUAGAGCAGCAAUGUCCACAAUGUGAUUUUGUAAGAAAAUGGAGUAGUCAACCACUACAUGGUGGCACCCCAGCUGGGAAUCUACAGCUUUCAGUUGCUGUGUAUUCCAAUGGCGGCUCAUUUUCCAAAUUGGAAAAAAUAUUCCGAGCAAUGAGGCUGCAAAUGUUCCAGCGCAACACCUAUAGACGGCAUGCCAGACUUUACAUAGAGCCAGCUAUUGUACACAAGUGGAAGUCAAUGCAGGACGGUAUAAUGGAGAAGCUUAAAGCACAAAAAUCCAUACUUGGUGGUGACAUGAGGGCUGACUCUCCAGGACACGCUGCAAAGUUUGGAAGCUACACAAUGAUGGAUCUGAGGAGCAAGAAAAUCAUCGACUUACAACUAGUUCAAAGCAAUGAAGUGGGUGGAAGUUAUAACAUGGAGCUCGAGGGACUAAAACGCAGCCUUGGUGUUUUGAAUGCACACAAUCUACCUUUGGAGUGUAUUGUCACAGACCGGCAUCCUCAGGUCCAAAAGUAUUUAAGAGAAGAAGCCAAGAUCACCCAUUACUACGAUGUGCGGCACAUAGAAAAAGGCCUAUCCAAAAAGAUGGUAAAGGUAGCUAAAAAAAAAGAUUGCACACAACUGAGCAAAUGGCUUCGCAGUAUAAAGAAUCAUAUCUACUGGACAGCUGCUUCCUCAACUACCCCGCAGGAAAGAGUAGCGAAGUGGACCUCCAUUCUUAACCAUGUGCUAGACAUUCACAUACAUGAUGAUCCUGCAUUCCCGCAGUGUUUACAUCCACUGGAUAAAAAAGACUGGUUAAAACCAGCUACACCUGCAUUCUACCAGCUGGAGAACUUGCUUACAUCCAAGAGGAUUCUCAAGGAUGUCGAAAAACUCAGUCCCCACUUGCAGACUUCAGGUGUUGAAGCUUUCCACAGUGUCAUCCUGCUCUUUGCCCCAAAAACCAAUCACUAUCCUUUCCUUGGAAUGCUGUGCAGGCUGUACCUGGCAGGAAUGCACUUCAAUGAAAAUUCUGACCGUCUGCAAGCUACCACCACACAUGGAGAGCCCAUGUACAGAAUGUCUUGCCCCAAAUACAAGAAGGGAGAAAUAACUUCUAAGCCCAUCAAAACACCAGCAACCCUGAAUUAUGUCGAUGACAUCAUGGAGCUGGUCUUUGAACACGUUUUCCCAGACCCAACUCCAUAUAUAGAUGAGAUAGAAAAGAUCCAUAUCCCACAAAACCUCUCAUCUCAACAUCCACGACCAGACAAGGCAACAGUGGUCUCGGCUUACGUCUCCCGCUUCAAUCCAAGACCGAUCCCUGUUCGUCUGGAAACUCCUGCCUUAUCCUCAAGACCACACGAGACGGCAGGACAACACACACUUUCCGGCCCAGAUAUCCCACAAAGCACCUGCAUGCACAAUACCUCUAACGACUAAAACACAAAGUGGACAAAGUUUAGUUUGCAUUGAAAAUCAUCACAAUGUUUUGUUCCUUUGAAUUUAUAAAAUUUGUAUUUCAAUAAACGUAUAAAACAAAAAUUAGCUUACUGUGUCAGAUGUAACAGCCCAUAUUGUGCCUUCAAUGUUGACAAUGUAAUUAAUUUUUGACGUCUCAUGUCUGUCUGUUAGUGAGAUAUUUUUGUUAAGUUGUUUGGUGUAAACUUUA